CUUUAACCAGUCUAGACAUGGUUUCCUUCGAAGGCCCCUACCGCCCAUUCCAGCCGUCAUUCCAAGAUGUCCUAGACAAUAUAGCCCCAGAGCCAUAUACACUAUCCGCCUUCAAACACUUCUUAACACAGCGCCAUGCCAUCGAAUCCCUCCAAUUCCUCCUUUGCUUCCGGCACUACGCGACCCUCUACUCCCUGGCCGCCCCGGAACCCGAAUCAGCCACAGAACACCCACAACGCGAAGCACUAUCUACAUUAUGGCAGAACCUCGUGUCUCUCUAUAUACUCCCCGAGUCUAUCAAUGAGAUUAACAUCACUACUCAACAACGGCACGCUUUACUAGCCCACUAUCCUCCGCCCCAACCUUGGGUUCUGGAACAGACAGUACAGCAGAUUGCGGAGGCACUGAGGACAUCCGUCUUCGCGGAAUUCGUCAAUAGUGUCGAUAUGCAAAGUCGCAUGUAUAGGGUGUACACAAGGACCGCAAGUAUGCCGGCAGUGCCGAAAUUAGCGUACCUGGCCCCGACGUCUCCUGAUUCUGAGGCUGCGGUGCAGGUGAAACGGAGUACGUGGUUUAGAUGGCCGUAUCGGCGGAAAUACAGUAUAGACCAUGAUGACGGGAAAUGGAAGAAGAAGGCGAAGAAUGUCGUCGGAUUGUUGCAUAUUUGA